AUGACUCCGAAAUCUGCUUGUCGCAGGCAAGGAAGGAGGCACCAGUGGGACAACUUGAUGGCUUGCAUAGAGGCUGCGAUCAUAGCUGAGGCGACUGCAGAGGUAGUGGAGGUGAGAGCAGGAGGGACAGAUGUGAAGCUGGGGCAUUGGAAGAGGGUGAAGGGGUGGCUGUCGCGCAGGAAACGAGACAGAUGGGUAGUAAUUGACAACGGGGAGGCGAGUGCCGAUCUACAGCGCAAUGGGAAGGGUGUUGUGUUGUUGGAUACUGAAGAUGGUAGUACUGGCACUGGCUUGUGUUUUGGUAUACCUGGAGACGAUGAAGCUGAGACAAUGCGUGCAGUGCAGUCCUCUAUGCCCGGGAGUGUUGGGGUGAUGCUGUUGACACUAGAGAUGUCAAUGUUGAAUAACUUGGUGAUGACAUAUCCGGCUGGAAGAUUUGUGUGGCUUUCUGAAUAAUGCAAUGAAGAUUGACAGGCAGAUAAUGAGGAUUAAGGCCGUCAGCCUGAUGAAAUAUGAAUUCUCAUAGAAGACAGUGGU